UCUGACUUGACGUCCCCCUCUUCGGUCUUCCCAUGCGUUGGGGUGAAGCCGCAUAAAAGCGUUUCCACAAUGCGGGCUUGAAGUGCUCCAUGUAGUAAAACGGAGGAGAUCCAGGAGAAGGACAGCGGAGGGUUACCGGCUUUACAUCGGGCUGUCAGUUAGGCACCGGGGGAAUAAAAUGUCGAACCGUAAGCACCGGGACAACCAGGAGAUCUGCGCCCGCAAGGUCCGGGAGCUGGCCCAGUCUGGAGUAAACAAACACUGCUUCGAGUGCAACCAGCCCGGGGUGACAUACACCGACAUCACGGUGGGCAGCUUCGUCUGCACGUCGUGCUCCGGAAUGCUGAGAGGCCUCAACCCUCCCCAUAGAGUCAAGUCUAUCUCCAUGACAACCUUCUCCCAACAGGAAGUGGAAUUCCUCCAAAACCAUGGCAACGAGGUCGGGAGGAGAACGUGGCUGUGUGUUUUUGACCCAAAGACAGACGGCUGCUCCGACAUGAAGGACUCUCAGAAGUUCAAAGAGUUCCUGCAGGACAAAUUUGAGAAGAAAAAGUGGCAUUAUACCAAAAGUAAGAACCGGAGGGAUGUUGAGGGUCCAUGGAGCCCGGGGGUCCAGGCAGUGCCCCCUUCCCUUGGUCCCUUAGUGAGCCAGGCUCCCUCCCAUAACCUGCCCCCUAACGCCAGAUCCACUCGGCCAAUGUCUCAGUCCCAGCUGCCGUCAUGGGAUCGAGCUCCUGCAAUCUCGCCCGCUGAUAUGCGGACGGAUGUGUUCACCGCCCGGCCAUCGCGCUCCCAAAGCUUCAGAGACCCCUCUCUGAAAGAUCCCACCCUGUGCGGGAUAGAGAGACAGCGGCCAGGCUCUCUGUCGUCGGCUUCGGGAGCUCAGAGCCACGUCCCCUCCUUCCCCGCCCUCCCGCGGCCUUCAGCCAGUAGCUCUUUCAAAAACCACUUCACUUUAGGUCGCACAGUAUCGGCCUCGGGGACCUCGGGGCCCUUCAGGGCCUUCCCCAAGUCUCUCAGCGUGGACUUUGGAGGUUUGAACCAUGCUCAGCAGCAACAGCCUCUGCCCCAGUCUCUGUCCCAGCAGCAGCCUGGAAGUGCGAGCCAGACGACACAGCCCGUCGGCCGCUCCAACGCCCAGGACAGAUACGCUGCCGUGUCACAUCUGGACAGUGUCUUCUGUGACACACCAACGGUCGCAGCUCCACCUGUUGGCCCUCCGCAGUACAACACCAUCUUCGGCAACAGGCUCUCUUCCAGCUCAACUCCUGCCAGUUCCCCCGGUGUCGAUACAGUCUCCAGCUCCCAAACUUUUGCAAAUUUCCCCAACCCAUUCAGCUCCAGCUCCAGUUCCACCUCCGGCUCUGCUUCCCAGCAGCCCAUUGCCAUCUCACCCAGUAACCCCUUCAGCAAUGCAUCAGGAGGUGACUCCAGUGCGUUUGUCACCUCGCCCACCUCCGUUUUCCCUACGUCCGCCUCCUUCCCAGCACCCAACACCCAGAGUGCAUUUCAUCAUGAAUCAGCCAGCAACCAGGAAGCCAAUGGUUUUGCCUCCUUCCCUGCGCCCGACUCUCAGCCCAAAGUCCCUCGUCCAAUGUCAGUGAACCCGUUUACGGGGAAUGUUUACCCCAGUCGAGGGACGUCGCGAAACCCUUUCAUCUGAUCCCCCCUUUCUCCUUACUUUACCCAACCCGUUCAUCUCUGGGAACAGAGGGAGAAGUGAACUUGAGGAGUCGCUGCCAUUUCAAAGCCUCUGGAGUAUUCUCACCCUCUAAGGGAGGGUUUGACGUCCUCCCUCUCCUCUCUCUAUCCCCCCCCUCUCUGUCUGUGUUUACGUGUUUGUGGAGGAAAAAAA